GCUUGUGUCAUCCUAGCAUCUCAUCAGUGCCUUGCCUAUGCAGUACAAGCUCCCCCUGGCACACUAAGGGUUAACCCAGCAGCAGCAGUAAUAUGAUCCGGCAGCUAUAAUGCACUAUAGCCCAGUGCAGGCUGCACAUAGCAUCCCCAGCACUGCACAGAUCGCCGCCUCCUCUGCCAGGCCUGGGAGGGGGCUCACAGCAACCAGCUCACAUCCACGCAUCGCCUCUCAUUCUUCACUGGGAAAGGCUUCAUCCCUUUCAGAGUCAGGACUGACUGCAUCAUCCACCAUGAUCUGCCCCUAGGAGCCCACCAGAGCCUGGGGGAUGAGCCGAACCGUGGUCUGUAUAUAGGAACCUUUCCUUCCUGCAGGUUACCAUGCCUCACUUCAGCACCUUGACAAUUGGUAUUUCUGCAACAAGCUUUGUCAUAUCCCAGCUUCUGUUUCACGUGGGAAGUGCUUGGUUUUCCACUCUUUUAACUUGUGGUUUCAGCAAACUUAAUCCAAAACAGAAGAUUGAAUGGAAUUCCAGGACCGUGUCCACUUUCCAUGCCUUGCUGGUUGGAUGCUUCUGCCUCUAUAUUUUAGUGUAUGAUGAUGCAGUUAAUGCUGACCCUGUUUGGGGUGAUGCCUACAUGGUCAAGCUGAAUGUUGCAAUAACCUCAGGAUACCUCAUCUCAGACUUGAUGCUAAUUAUUUAUUACUGGAAGGCGAUUGGUGACAAAUAUUUUGUGACACACCACGUAGCAGCCCUGUAUGCUUACUACUAUGUACUGGGUGAAGGAAUGUUACCAUAUUUUGGUAAUUUUCGACUUCUUGCUGAAUUCUCCACUCCUUUUGUUAAUCAAAGGUGGUUCUUAGAGGUUCUAGGAUACCCCAAGCACACGCUACCUAACAUGCUUAAUGGUAUCAUGAUGACAAUCGUCUUCUUUAUAGUAAGAAUAGCCGUUAUACCCAUCUACUACAGCCGCGUCUUUUCCACUUUUGGCACGGAAGCUUUUCACAGACUAGGACUUGGGGCACAGUGCGCCUGGAUCAUUUCAAGUGUUUCUCUGGACAUUAUGAAUGUCAUGUGGAUGAUCAGAAUUACCAAGGGGUGCAUCAAAGUUCUCUACCACAGUGAUGGGAUAUUGAACAAAACUCAGAAAAAUGGAAAACUUGAAUAGAAGGAACAUAUUUAUAAUGUCUUCCAACCAGCAACUGUUGGGGACUGACCCGUAAUCUGCAUGUCUUAUUUUCCACCUUCCAUCAGAUGCAUUCUUAGAGAUUUGAAUAGCGGGGGCAAACAAUUGGUAUGGUUCUCAAAGAAUAAAAUAUGUCCAUUAUAAUAUGUUUGUAUGUUUAUAACCGCCUGCACACUAACCACAGAUGCACUAAAUUCCAAAGACCUAAUUAUCAUUUUUCUCACAAAUAAAUUAUAAUUGGGGUUUUAAUAAAACGGUCUAUAUAAGGCAUGAUGAAAGCAAUAUUCCCAUUGUAUAAGAGAGGUGUAAAGAGUCUGGAAGUGUGAAUCCAGCAGCUGAUGCCUGUUGAUUACCCCUGUCAUAGACACAUAUGAUAAAUGGUGAGGUCCUUCUGAUGACCGUUUUAAGGGCCUGGUUUUAAAGGAGGAGGGCUGUUAUCAAUGAUCACUUUAUUCAGGUUAUAUGUGAAAUAGGUCAAUCACUGUUCAGCUUCAGGAUGUGACGGGCAAUAACUGCAGGUAUUUAACUGUGAUAUAUUGUGGUUUUGUUUUUUUGUUGUCAUACACUUAGGUUCGAUAAGAAACCUUUACAUUUCCAUGUCUUCUUGGAUAACAAAUUUAUAUUGCCUUGAAUUGAUCUGUAGACGAAACAUGAGACUGGAAAAAUCGCCGAUGACUGUCAACGUGGGCCAGUAAAAAUACUAUUCUCAUCGCCAAAAAUGCAUGAUCCACUCCAAAGGAAAUUAGCAAUGAUGGAUCUUUUAUUUUAGAGAAUCCUAUAAAUCUCCGCGUAUAUACCUUCGCAUCAAAGUACAUAUACCUCCAAGGGGAUUUUGUUACUCCUGAAUAUUUAAAGUUGCAAGGGAAGGGAAGUUGGUGGUAAACUGCUAGGAAGCAACGUUAAUUACUAAUUGUUAUGAAUUCAUUUGUCACUAUUACAUUCUCUGGGAAUAAAUGGAAAUAAAUGAAUAAAAAAGGCACCUUCAAUGAGCAAGUUCCAUACCUGUGUGUUACUAGCAGGUAGAUAGUAUAUUCUUCACUCAGGAUUUUUUUAUAGUGCUAAUUUUAUAAAUCUAUGUAUGCUUUGGGAAUCUGUAUUGUUUAAAAUGUUUUGUUGGUGUUAAAAAAAAACAAAAAAAAACAACCAAUCUUGGCAUGCUUAGUCAUUAUUUCGAUCAACUAAAAAAAUAUUGGUUUACUUUUUCAAUUGAACUUUUAGUUCGAUUAUGUGAGUGAGUCAUAUAUUUUUUUCGUUACUUUAUUUGUAGUAUUUAAAUUUCUUCAUGCAUGAGCCAAGUACUUUAGGAAUUUAGUUUUAUUAUGUCAUCAAAUGACAUUCCGUAAACUUUGAGGUUUAUUCCCUUAGGUAGGAAUUGUGGAGAAUUGGCAAAGGCAUUGCAAAAUGUAGACAAAAAUAGAUUAGGAAAAGUGUCCGUUGCAACUGUUUUUUUUCCAGUUCAGCCUAAAAUUUGCAUUUCACCAUUAAUUAGGUGGAUACAUCCAACUGGGAUGUGAUGUGACUUGACCAAUGUGGAACUAAUACGUAGGUAAAAAUAAAUGAGCCUGAGAUUUAUGUCCAACACAAAUAUUUGGAUCACAAGCAUACAACUCUUUUGAAGAACUACCACAGCUGCGUGUUGGGUGAAUAAACCUCUAUAUUGUAUUUUUUUUCCAUUGCGUUGCACUUUGACAAAAACAGAAAUGUUUGUAAACAAAAAUGGAGUUAUUCAUGAUUUGUUUCCUUACUAUAGGAGGGCAAUAACUAACUAAAAAAAAAAGUUUUAUUUUCGUAAAUCUCUUAAUGUCCAAUAACCGUUUAUUGAAGGAAAUGCAACAUGGCAUUUAAAGGAUUAAUUGUUAUUUUUUUUAUCUGUGUGUUGGUGUACCACAUCUGGGCAGCUCCAAGGUCUGUAUUUGAGUUUCGCCCAUUACAAGUUUACUAUGCUAUUUUGAAUAAGAAAUGCAAUAAAAGUUGAACUCUU